AUGUUGUUCCUUAAAGUAACCUCUGGCUUCUUGGCUUUUGCAGCCGCAACCCUUGCAGCUCCGGUAUCAGACAGAGCAAUCGCUGCCGCCGCUCAAACACUCGAAGCUGAGGAUGCGGUUCUCACUGGCACGCAAAUUCUCACAGAGCUUACAGUAUAUACAGGUACUGGUUAUGUGGGUGGCUUUGACGAGAGUUCCGAUAAGAUCACCUUUACUGUCAACAGUGAUGCUUUGACUUUGUACGAUGUCAGUAUUCGAUAUGCUGGCAUAUAUGGUGCGAAGAGAACAACACUUGUUCUUAAUGGGGGCUCAAGCAGCGAGGUCCAAUUUGAAGAAACGACUACAUGGGCCUCUGUGAGCGGUGGUCAACUACUCCUGAACCAAGGUUCCAACACAAUCGAUAUUGUCAACAAUUGGGGCUGGUAUUUGAUCGAUUCCAUUACUCUAACACCCUCUGAACCCCGUCCACCACACAACAUCAAUUCUCGCUUGGUCAAUCAGAGGGCAGACAUCGAUGCUAGGAAGUUAUACAACUACCUUCGGUCCAUCUAUGGAAGAAAAAUCUUAUCUGGCCAGCAGGGUCUCGACUGGGCAACCUGGAUCCAAGAGCAGACGGGAAAAUUCCCGGCUCUUGUCUCACUUGAUCUUAUGGACUACAGCCCGUCUCGUGUCGAGCACGGUACCACUGGGACUGCCAUUGAGGAGGCCAUCACUCAUGCCAAGAACGGCGGUAUAAUUUCUAUUCUGUGGCACUGGAAUGCGCCUACAGGUCUGUAUGACACAGAGGAGAAUCCAUGGUGGAGCGGAUUCUAUACACGUGCUACUGAUUUCAAUAUCGCAACAGCUCUUGCGGACACGACUAAUGCCAACUAUACACUCAUUCUUCGAGAUAUUGAUGCUAUUGCCGUCCAACUCAAGAGACUCCAGUCAGCUCAUAUCCCAGUCCUCUUCCGCCCCUUGCACGAGUCAGAAGGCGGUUGGUUCUGGUGGGGAGCUCAAGGCCCGGAACCCUCUAAAAAGCUCUGGGCGUUGCUUUACGAUAGGCUGACCAACUAUCACAAGCUAAAUAAUUUGAUUUGGGUUUGGAACUCGAUCGCUGAGAGUUGGUAUCCUGGAGAUUCCACUGUUGAUAUUCUCAGUGCAGACCCCAUGUCGACCCAAUACGGACAGUUGAUCGAGCUGGGCAAAGAUAAAAAGCUUAUUGCAGCAUCGGAAGUCGGUGGUGCUCCACUGCCAGAUCAACUGAUUGCCUAUGAGGCUCACUGGCUUUGGUUUGCCGUUUGGGGGGAUAGCUUCAUCAACAACCCUGUCUAUAACCCUACUGACGUGCUUAAAACUAUUUUCAACCACGAAUAUGUCCUGACGUUGGAUGAGAUUCAGGGAUGGCGAAAUUGA